CUCAAUGUAUACGGAGACAUGCUGACGAGGCAUGUCGUGAUCAUUUUUGGGGGGGCGAGGGUCUUGAAUAGUAUCAACCAAAUCUCAUCUUUUAAUAUUUCAAAACAUGAAUUUGGAAUGAGUCAAAUGACAAUGAAUUUGAAUUUUUUUUUAGAAUCCUAGUUUAUCUGAUUUCACGUCAGUCAGGGCGGAAACUACUUUCUGCUCCCCCUGCUGUGCGCACCUUGGCCUCAGAGGGGGCAGUGUGGUGCGCUGCUUGCAUGAAUGGAACUGCGCGUUUGCUUUAAAGCAAAGAAGAACGUUGCAUCAAAACAUCGAUUUAAUUCGUUUUUCACAGACUAGGGAGAAUAUAUGACAGGGAGUAUUGUUAUACCUGUAUAAAUUAUAUGUGUGUUACAAUGGAGUUUAUGGAUAAAUAUUCCUUAUUUGGCAGUAACUCCACCCGUUAUCGAGCUAAUUCUAGCUAGCCCAAGUAUCCAUUUCUAAAAUGAUCGCGUUCGUGUCUUGCACUUCAACAUAAAAUGCGUAUGCGUGCUUCUUCUUUUUUAUUGCGUGUUUAGUUCAACACGAAUCUUCAGCUUGAUUUUCAUUCAAGAUUUCCAGAAACGAGAUGGAGGUUUUUUUUUUUUUUUUCCUCACGCGUGCACAAACAAUCUUCGUGACGCGAUUUGACUGGUGCAAAAAAAAAAAAAAAAAAAUCCCCCAACAAUUACAUUGGAAAGUUCUUGCUAUCUUUCCAUUAUUUUGUCACAUUGUGAUAUUUGAAUGUUAGGAAAUUAAUAAAACCGUUCCUUUUCACUCAAGCUCGGGCAACAACAAAAAAAUCACGUGACCCGUUUGGGAACUCCCAUAUCACAACCUUAACCAUUUUAAUAAUAAUUUUUCCCCCCAUAAUCCUCAAGACACUGCAUAACAACGUGAAAAUAUUCUGCGACUCUAAACAUGAAGGUAGCUUUGUGACCUCUUAAUUUAUUUUUUUCACAAUGUAAAAGUAAAUUAAAUGUUAAAUUUCAUUUUACUUCACGAUACAGUACUUUGACUAAAUGAAAUUAUUAUUUGAUGUAGUCAUGUGGAAUCUCGAUUCCAUGACAUGGCGGCAAACUUGGCCUGUUGUUGCUUUGGUCGAAGCAGAAAACCAGCAGCAGGGCAAUUUGUCAUUGAAAGAACGGAGUGGAGGCGUUUGGACUACAAACAUGGAGGUCGAAAUCAUGUGGAAUCUCGAUUCCAUGACAUGGCGGGAAACUUGGUCUGUUGUUGCAUUGGUCGACGCAGAAAAACAGCAGCAGGGCAAUUUGUCAUUGAAAGAACGGAGUGGAGGCGUUUGGACUACAAACAUGGAGGUCGGCGCUUGCCGUUUUGUUGUCAGGCGCCGUGCGAGUUCUGCGGGCGCGGCUCUGCUGGCCGCCGCCGUCGGCCUCUACUUGCUGCCUUCGCCCGUCGACCCCGAGCCGCACGUGUUGAAGGGGCCGGCGCUGGAGGGGCCGCUGGCCGCCAACACGCGCUUGCAGAAAGGCCGCCGACUCUUCCAAGGGAAACUUCGCGGACCGGAACCGUUUGCCGCCGACGAGGCGGGGAACGUGUACACGGGGACGGCGGACGGGAAGCUGUGGCGCGUCGGACCGGACAGCCUGACUUUGGUCGCCCGGAUGGGCCGCGACCUGCCAGAAUGCGGUGGGCCGUCUCUUUCCUCCCGGCCCGGAUUGGGAGCCGGCGUGCGUCUGGAUCGCCACGGCGACCUGAUCGUGGCCGACGCCUACCCGGGGCUGUUCAGCGUGGACCCGCGCAGCGGACGCAAGACGCUGCCGGUGUCCACCUGGCGAGGCGCCGGCGGCGUCCCCUUCGCCUUCCUGAACGGACUGGCCGUUUCCCCCCAAAGCGGGCUCAUCUACUUCACCGACUCGUCCAGUCGCUGGGGGCGCAGACACGUCAGGCUGGAGGUGGUCUCGCUCAGCUGGUACAAGGUGCUGUUGCCGCGUUACGCUCUCGUCCUGGAACUGGACCCGGACGGACAACUCGUGGGCUCGAUGCACGACCCCGAGGGACGCCUGACGUGGGCCGUCAGCGAGGCCUUCCGGCGCGGCGAUCGCAUCUUCCUGGGAAACACCGACUUGCCCUUCCUGCCCGUCGUCACGCUUCACACCUGAUGGUGGCGCUAGCGUGACAUAAAUCCAUUUUGGACAAGAAAAAACAAAAAAGUUCUGGAGGAUGCAGGUUGGUUCAAGUUUCUUAGCGGUAGCUUAGCGUCACUGGAAAGCUGUUUGAGCGCUCGUAGCUUCGUCAUCAAGGAUAUGGAAUUGAAAUCAAUUCUUAAGUUGAGGCUGCACUCGUAGACUGAUUUUGUCUCGUCAUUGUUUUACUCCCAAGUGGCACAUUUGGUGCACUAGUAACCUCCUGUGCCCAACGAGUAAAGGGGUCGUACGCUACUGGCAGCAUACUUUUACCUCACGAGUAUCAUGAAGUUGCGCUACUACUGUAUAAUGCACACAUGCCGUACAGUAGUGGGACAAACGUGUGUGAAUUUGUUUAUUACAUUCACAAUUGAAUUACAAUUCAAAGCUUUUUACGUGACAUCAUCACAUCAAUUCGACAUCGCUGUGUAUGUGUAACUCGUCCAUCAUUACACAAAUUGUCAGGUUUUUUUUUUUGGGGAGAAGGAAAAGGCCUUUUUUAUUUGUAGAAUGAAUGAAUGAAUGGUGCAAUAUUGGAAACAAUUGACACUCCUUGUACCUUUCUCCGCUGCUUAAAGUGACUUAAAUAUUUUGAAAUUGUAUGACUUCUUAUUCAUCUGUAAGGACUUUUUCAACUACGCCCCCCCCUGGAAGUGGGGGGAACUAUUCAAUUUUCAUAACAGUUCAACUUUUCUUCUUUUUUUUUUUAAUCUAGAAACUAAAUCUGACUUUUUUUUGUCACAAAAAAUAAUCCAAAAUGCGAUUCGCUCAUUGAUUAUUUGAAAGUAUUUCCACAGUUUUGACCCCCCCAUUUAAAAAAAAAUAAUCAACGAUUUUCCUUUUACGUCCUUUCUGAAGAACACAAUUACUGUUAUUUCUGCAUGAUUUUAACGCCCAUUUAACGAGAGAGGGACCAGCAGGAUCCGAUGCUGUAAGUAUGAAAUAUUGAUUAAUUUUGGGUUGUUGUUUUUCUCCCCCCCGCCCCAAUAGCAAAACAAAGCGCGAAUCGGAAUUUGCACCAAAUUCAUCACCAAAAUGCGAUUUCAUUCAAAUAGAAUGAAAUGUAUUUGCAAUAAAAAUGACAAA